UUAGUUGUCGAAAUGGUCGCUGUUGUUUCAGUUUGAUUUUAUUAGUCGAAAUGGAGCCUUCGCAGAAACAUGCUCUUGAACUCGCGUUGCGAUAUUUUUAUAUUCCAGACGAUGUUCAUUUGUCUGUUACUGAUCGUCUUCGAUUUAAUUGGUUACUGCAGCAGCCGUUAGCGAGCUGGCAGUUCUUAACGUUGCAGGAAUUCCGUUCUCGAGAAUUUGUUCCUCCCAACAUGUGCGAGCGUCUAUUUGCGCGAUAUCCUGGUUAUGCUAGGUAUCGGAAACAUUUCGAUAUCCCGUCGGCUCGUUUCUUAUGGUAUUGCGAGUCGGGAGUUGAUGUUUUCUUCCCCGACGGAAUUAUCUUCGCUGGAGAAGAAUUGGAGUUUCCCGAUAUAGGCCGGCUCCACCUCGGCGAUUAAUAUUUAUUGUAAUGUGUCGUUUUAUUCCAUCAAUUCGUGUUUUUGUGUUUGAAAAA